AUGCUAUCUUCUUUACUCAGACCUAGAAAGGCUCGACAACGCGUUGAUCAACAAUCUCCAUUCUCUUCACCAUAUCCAGAACCAGAUCAAUCUUCUCCCAUCGUAGCCCGACGAGAACGCCAGAUACGCCAUGCCACUGCGGAUUGGACUGAGACGGAGGCGGAGGACGAUAUCACAGAGGAUGAGGAGGACGAGGACAAUGCGAACAAUGUCACAGAAGAAGUAGACGAGGAAGAUGCCCAAGAUGAUGGCGAUGAGGAUGGGGGCGAGGAUGAAGAAGAUACACCUUUGCUUCCUAUAUUUUCGGCAGCACAUCUAGAUGCUCUUCCAGUCUAUAACCUCACACAUGCGAUACGAUUUAUCGUCUUGCCCAAGACCGAAACCACCUUGACUUGGGAUCAACUGCGAUCGCCUCAAGUCUCCCAAUUCCUCGUCAAGCCGAUGCAACAGCAACUGCGAACGUCACACUUCUCGCGCGCGACUCUAUAUGCGCUGAUGGCAAAUUGCUUGCAAUUCCAAAAGGAGGGCCAAGCAAAUCCAGGAAAUGCUGGAGUGAGUAAGACAAGGGCCAUGGUCUGCGAAUUACUAGCGAUAAAGCUCUUGAAGGAAUACAGCACUCGGGAACUCAUUGAUGCCCUGUCAUACGACUUCUUUCCUCUUCAGGGGUUUGAAGUUCCCAGUAUAGCAAGACCAGGGCAACCACAGCCAAAGGGCCCCCCCAGACCAGCAGCGGCUCGAACAUCAACUUUGGAAGUAGCAAUUAGGGCGUCUGCGAAAAAGUUUCUGGCCCAUCCACUGGUAGUUCAGCAACUUGAAGCCAUAUGGGCGGGAACGAUUGUUUUUCACUCUGCGGCAGACAAUCUACACCGAAUACGUCCGGCCACAAAGCCAGCACUCCCAAGGAGGACUACUGGUGAUCGGCGACAUCUUUUGGUGCCAGAUCAAGAUGUUAGAUACGGUGCUAUUGCAGAUCCGCGGGCUUCACCAGAUAAGCAGGUAGCUCCCCCGGUGCAGAUGCGCAGAACUGUGACAUUGUAUGAUCCAAGAGAUGCUUCUCUUUUCAAGCUCUCGCGAUUGAGAGUGCCUCGCUAUCGUCAAUUCUUCUCCACUUGCUCACUCGCGAUUCUUCUUGGGUUGUUUGUCGCAGUACUUGCGCAGCGUUCGACUGACAUCACUGGCUUGGAGGUAAUAUUCUGGUUUUGGAGCGCAGGCUUCAUGCUGGAUGAAGUAGUCGGCUUCAAUGAGCAAGGGUUUAGUUUAUACAUCAUGAGCUUCUGGAAUACCUUUGACCUUGGUAUUCUUCUUCUUCUGAUGAUCUACUACUCCAUGAGACUCUAUGGCUUAUUCUUGGUGGACGUCGGAAGGCAUGAAUGGGACAGUAUGGCCUAUGAUGUUCUGGCGACGAACGCCAUUUUGCUAUUCCCUCGGCUUUUCAGCGUCCUGGACCACUACCGAUACUUCUCGCAACUUCUUAUAGCGUUCCGUCUAAUGGCUGUUGACUUGGUGGCUGUAUUUGUCCUCAUCCUCAUUGCUUGCAGUGGCUUCUUUGUAGCAUUUACCCUGUCCUUUAAGCGCAAUGGCACUGGUGACUACGAUGCGGCUACCGUAGCCUAUAAGAUAUUCCAAAUCCUUAUGGGCUUUACUCCUGCUGCUUGGGAUUCGUGGCCAGGAUAUAAUCCGCUUGGAAAGGCAAUACUAGUGCUCUUCCUGUUCAUAUGCCACUUUUUGGUGGUAACAAUCCUUAUCACAGUUCUCACAAAUUCCUUCAUGGCAAUUGUGUCAAAUGCGAAUGAGGAACAUCAAUUCGUAUUCGCCGUCAACACCAUAUCUAUGGUCAAGAACGACGCUCUGUUCUCAUAUGUGGCUCCUAGCAAUAUAUUUGCUUGGCUUCUGGCGCCUCUCAGAUUCGGGUUGCCGUUUCGUGGUUUCCUCAAACUCAAUCGGACAAUUAUAAAAGUUACGCACUCUCCUUUGCUGUUCGCCAUCUACGCCUAUGAGAAGGUCUUUUUAGCAAGAACUGUUUUUGAACCGACAGAUCUUGUAGAACAGCGCGGUAGGAAUAGACAUGUCUCAUUCAAUGAGAGUAAAUCACUAUUCAGCCCCAACGUCAGGAUGCGUCAGGAGUCCGUGGCGGGAUUCCAGAAAGACCGUGCUUUGGAUGAAGUUUUUAGGCUCGCACCAAGGCCGAAUACAAUCCGUACCAAUACGAAAAGCCUGGAACGGCGACAAAAGCACAAUGUUGUUAGCAACUGGAUGGACCAUCAAGGAGAUCAAGCGAGCCCUCCACAAGAGCAAGACCGUUCCGUCGUUGAUCGCCUGGAGACGAGAAGACAAGCGAGGAGAGCAACCAUGCUUCGGCACCGUGGUGUAUCAGGAACGAGGUCUGUUGCUAGUGACCCUGCCGAAUUCAUGUCCACUGGGCCAUUUCACGAUGCGGAAGGGAACAUUCCCGAAUUCAAUAAUGAAGUACUGGGGCACGAAGAAGAAGCAGAUGGAGAUGAUGAAUUGGUUACCAACGACGAUGACGACCAUGUUACUCUGGACAAAUCUAGAAGCCACCCUAAUGGUUCGGAGAAGGACAAUGAAAGAGAGGAGAGCGAUUACUUUCGUACACCGACUGGAGGUCAUCCUAACCUGCCCUCGAUAUCUUCUUUGAAGAAUCAGCAGUCUGCCCUUUCUGCAGCACUCAAGUCAUCUCCACCAAGAUUUCGAACCCACAAGCGGCAGAUGUCCACGAAUACAAUUUUGUAUAAUCCUCUUGAACACCAAACAUCAUCAGAAGACUCGCCUCCCAAGUCGCGACCCCAUACGGCAAAGCGAGCCUCCACUGCAAACACCGGUACCCAUACACCAGUCACGGGCGCUGCCACUGGCAGUCGGACCCCUAGACACUCCAUCUACACCACCGCGAACACAAAAGCCCGACCCAUUCUCCCGAACCGACAAAACUUCCAAUCAGUACCCAACUUCAACCUCGAUUCCACCAUGGCCGGCUCUCGAACCCGCCAAAUCCGCCGUCGUCAAUCGUCCCUCGACAUGGGCAUGUCAGACCUCGGCUUCGACCAAAACCCAAGCAACAUGCUCGGCGCAGUCCCCAGCUCCUUCGCCACCCAAAUGGCGAUGGCCAUGGGGGGAAUCAAAGGCCUUGCAUCUAGCGUGCCUAGAAAAGAAGACACGGAUGGCAUGAUGGGUCGUCUUAUGCUUGCGCGCAUGAAAACUCUCGAAGAAGGUUUCGCGGAAGUGGUCAAGGAGUUUCGGGGUAUGAGGACGGCGGGGAAUAGCUCGGUUGAGGGUUUGGAAAUAGGUAGUUUUGAGGGGAGGAAGGGGAAGGGUCGCGAGAAGAUCGCGAGGAAGAAGAAGGAUGGGAGGGGUGUGGUGGCGAGGACUACGCAGGAGAUUGAUUUUGUUGACAAAGUUACGAAGGGGGUGAAGGGAGCGGGCGGGGAGGAUGAUGAUACCCAUGGUGACGCGAGAUUUGUUGAGAGGAGUUCGUUUUAG